AUGGCGGUGCUGGUGGUCCUCUUCCUCCUCCUCGUGACGGCUGCCACUGCGGUCCACUCGAUCGGCGUCAACUACGGCACCUUGGGCGAAAAUCUCCCUCCUCCAGCUCAAGUGGCCCAGUUCCUCAAAGAGCGGACCAGCAUCGACCGCAUCAAAAUAUUCGACGCCAACCCAGACAUCCUGCGUGCGUUUGCGGAUACUGGCAUUCUUGUGGCAGUCACCGUCCCCAACGGCGAGAUCCCGAGCCUUACGUCGGUCGGUUACGCGCGCGGUUGGGUGGCCUCCAACGUGAAGCCGUACCACCCGCGCACCCGGAUGAACUACCUCCUGGUCGGGAACGAGGUCCUCCACUGGGGCCCGCAGGAGCUGAUCGACAACCUGGUGGAGGCCAUGCGGUCCCUACACGAGGCCCUUUUGCAGGAGGGCAUCACCGACAUCAGGGUCACGACCACGCACUCCCUCGCCAUCCUCCAGCCGACCGACCUGCCCAGCUUAGCGAGGUUCCGGGCCGGGUGGGACCACGGGGUUCUGGCCCCUAUGCUGCAGUACCACCGAGAGACUCGGACGCCCUUCAUGGUCAACCCGUAUCCCUACUUCGGGUACACCCCCCAGAAGGCCAGCAUGGCCCUCUUCCGGCCUGGGAAGCCCGUGUUCGACAGGUACACGAGGAGGACGUACGGAAACAUGUACGAGGUGCUGCUCGACUCGGUGUACGUUUCGAUGCUGAAGCUGGGGUACGGAGACGUGGAGAUUGCAGUAGGGGAGACGGGGUGGGCUUCGCAGGGGGAGACGCCUGACGAGCAGACAAAAUGCUCGGUGCUAAAUGCCGAGUCGUACAAUGCUGGGGUCGUGAGGUUCUACAACUCCGGGAAGGGGACGCCUCUCAUGCCGAGGAGGAGGUUCGACACCUACGUCUUUGCUCUCUUCAACGAGAAUCAGAAGCCCGGUUCUGUGGCCGAGCGCAACUUCGGCCUCUUCCGCCCAGAUUUCACACCCGUCUAUAAUGCUGGCAUCAUGCGAGGGGGACCUGCUCCUAAUGUUCCGAGGCCAGCACCCCCGUCAACGGGAGGUAAUAAUAAAUGGUGCGUGCCCAAGGCAGAGGCGAGCGAUGGUGCGCUGCAGAGAGCCUUAGACUAUGUUUGCAGCCAAGGUAUAGACUGUAAGCCAAUCAACCCGGGCGGGGCAUGUUUCAACCCCAACACUGUGAGGGAUCAUGCCUCCUUCGCCAUGAACUCUUGGUAUCAUGCUAAAGGACUCGUUGAUUUCAACUGUGACUUUUCCGGCUCUGCAAUUGUUACAACUACCAAUCCAAUCUCCCUUGCCCAUGGUUAUGCUAGUCUUCUUGUGGUCCAUUCCUUGGCUCUCGAGGAUGGUCAUCACUCUCUGCGAAAAACCGCAUUGUGGGCCCCCUCGAACCCUUAA